CUUCCGGCCUGCUUUCCAUCCGCUGCGAUGUACAGCAACGCCCCACGCGCCGAUUUCACAAGAAAAAGGCACAGUCCGAAAAUCCCGGAUAACGAAGAGGUGAGAGGGAACGAAGAGGGUGGAAGGGAGAGAAUGGGGAGAUCUUCACGGCUUGUCUACGUCGCUCGUUGCUUAUUAUCUGUUUCAGAAAUGGCCAAGCCGAUUGGUGUGAUGUCUGAUUUGGUGCCUGAGGAGCUCUGGCGUGAGCGCAUUCUCUCUUGCCUUCUCAUCUGUGACAUCAUUGCCCUGCGAGCCGCCAGCAAGGCCAAGGCGGCCCUCGUGACGUCCGAUGUGCCGCUACAGCGAAUCGAUGCGUCCAUCGACUGCAAUGAAGUCAGAGGCCUCAUCGAUGUCGACCGCACCCCCACACACCUCGGUUAUCUGCUGAGGUGCGCCUAUGUGCUGGAGCAGGGCAGCAGUGAGUGGCGCCGCAUGGGCAUGUUCAUCCGAGUGGCCGCCAUCUGUCAACUGGUACCCAGUGGGCUGCCCCUGGUGCUCUCGGUGGUCCAUCUGUCCAGCCUGUCGGCCUUCCACGAGAUGCCUCUUGCGAUGGCCAUCUACCGACUCAUCGACGGCCAGCUGAUGCACGAGGGAAAGACCUUUGAGCUCCGACAGGUCGACAACAUCCACAGCACAGCCACAUCCCGAUCUCUGCUGACGAAUUGGACAUGUGGAGUGUGGCCGUCGCUGGGCGGCCGUCAGCCAGCAGCAGAGAGGGGCUAUCGGAUCGGCACUAGCGGGUCGUUUCGUGUGGUGUCAUAUGGGGAUUUGCCAGACGGCCAUCCUUAUGCCGAGGGGUACAAUGAAGGCGAUCCCGUCGUCAAGUAUGGCAUGUUUUUUCGCUCUUUCACGGCAUAUCUGCUGUGGCGGGUGGCCAACCGGGGGGCGAGCAAGAAGAACGUGUUGUCUGCUUCCAUCCGCCUUUAUGACGACCGCUAUCAGUCUCUGCUGACAGCUGAUGACAUCCCGGAGUCGGAGGCGAUUGUGGCAGACUGUCGGGACAAUGGGGACUACUAUGACCGUCGAGACAGCGCGAGUGACUGGCGUCGUGUGGUUGUGAGCGGGUUUCGCCCCACCGAUACCGUCGCAGCCGAUGUGUUGCUGUGCGGCUGGAAUAGCCUCCUUUUCCACACAACCGAGACACCUGCCAGUGAUGCACCCGUUGCCUCUUUCGCCUCUCUGGAUGUGCGGUACCCCAUCUCAGUGCCGUUGUGGCGUCAGAUGCUGAGGCGAUUCGACCUCGAGAGCGACGUCAUCCGAAAAGGGAGGGUGAUCGACUGCAUGAGUGGAGAGUGAUACGCGAGGGGCAGUGGGUGAUGUGGGUCUUGCGAUGAGUUGGCGACGGUGCUAGCUGCGUGGCUGUGUGUGAGUGGGCACUUCAUAAGAGUGCGGCUUGCCAUGGUUGGUAUGGUUGGACGUAUCAGUGCAUGUGUGUCUGUGUGUAGCGCUUACGUAUGUGUCUGUACAAUAGCUGCGUGCACGUUCUGUGAAUUACUAGGGGGAUAGAAUAUCUGUCUCUCAUCAGAUUCGAUGAAUGUGCAUUGAUUGAAUGCAUGGUUGUGGAUGAUGAAUUGGUUGGGGAUGGUGUUGCCUCUGGUUGAGGGUGGUUUUCGCAUUUCAUUGGUUGGUGUCGUCGCAGGGAAUCGCUCUGUGUACACGUGUGUGUGUGCCUGUGAAUAGUUCAUGACUGUGCACGGCUUCAUGAGUGACUGUCUGAUAACCGUGUGAUUCAAUCGAUAUCGCAUGAUCAACUAGCUGGCCAAGCAUCC